AUGAGAAACCUCAGCAGCAUCGCUCCCAAACGCCGUGGGCCUCCGCCACCCCAGUGUGAUGAGCACCUCGAGACCUGGAUCAAAGACAUGCAGGCCAACGGGUAUCCCAUCAAGUCCCCCGAGCUCCUCGUUGAGGUAGCCGAGGGGUGCGCAACGAAGUGGGCAUCAAUGACAUUUCGAACGCUGUUCUGCAUCAUGGCUAAACUAACCAUUGAAGACCACUUGGACGACCACCGCUUGUACAACAUUGACGAAACUGGUUUUGCGUCGAGGAAGAAGUCCACCGAAAGUGCUCGCAAUCAUUGGAUCCGACAACGUGUGGGCUAA